AUGUUGAUAGCAGAAUCUGUUGGCCUUCAGGAAGCGGCCCAGAUCACUCCGCCUCCCCGUGCCAAUCCUUGCACACCCAGCCCGGAUGAUACAUCCCAAGGCCCUAACCCGUCCAUUGACAUAUGGAUCCAAUACCGGCUGUACUCCGAUGUCCAGACGGUGGGCGAUUCAGAAAAGGUGUACAAGCGCAUCACCAACAGGGGCCCUAUGCCCCCAAUGGACCUGCAUUUCCGGGACAUGACUCUCUCCUUGUUCAAGACCUUUCGACUCAAGCCGAGCGGGCUGCGGUGCUACACUGGGCCUACAUGGGCCGCCAUCUACCUUGAAAUGCCGGAGGCAACUAACAAGACCAAUCCAUGGGUGGUAGUUACUUUGGUUGUACAUCCCGGGCGAGCUAGGAGAGGGCUUGUUGUUGUUGCAGGAGAUCAAGCUGAAUUCGGUCCAGACAAUCCCGGGCAAACUAGUGGUGGGCGUGUUGUUGUCGCAGGCGAUCAAGCUGAACUCGGUCCAGACGAUCCCGGGCAAACUAGGGUUGGCCGCGUUGUCGUGACGGGCGAUCAGGCUGGACUUGCUCCAGACAAGGACACAGUCUCUGGUGGUACAAAACAUCGAUUGGAGCCUGAUGACCUUCCAUCUCCGAAGCGCCCAAAUCUUGAACUUGGGCAGGUUGGCAUCCCUUGUCAAGACACUACUUUGCUUAAUAUUGAUGGGUUUCUCACCAUCUGUGAGAUCCCUUUGGACUACCAGCCAAUCAGAGAUGUCAUUGCCAAGAAUGACAUCUUCCACUGGACUGCUUUUGAAGGUGCCACCAAAGAUGACUUGUUGGAUCUUGGUUUGAAGUGGGGCCCUGUACAAUCAAUCUUGUGUGGGCUCAAGAAGGCAGGUAAACAUUGUCAAUCCCAAGAUUAG